GUUUUUCAGAGGGUUUUGGCGAUCAGAGAAAAAGGGGAGAGAGAAUUUUAAUCAUGUUUGUGAGAGAAAAUCUAAAUGGGUAGCGUUUCAAAACUACGUAAAAAUUCUUCCUUUAAUUUUUUUCUCUAUAUUUUCUCGGGAAAUAUGGGAUAGAAAAUGAGGGAUGAUGGUGUUUUGUUGAUGACGAGAUAAAACAGAAUUCUGGGAUUUUUUUUUUUCCCUUCUUAUUUUCUUCUUGGAGUUAUAUCGGUUUCCUCUGUUUACAGUUCUUCUCCGAUCUUACAUUUGCCUUAAAAUUCGCUCCUUGUGGAAAAGAGAUUCUAACUUCGAAAGAUAAAAAUCAUUGCCUGGAGAGGGCAUUAUCUUGAGUUCUGUAAAUUUAAGUUGUUCUGAGAGUUCGCGUUCGGCUUAAGAUGGAUAUAAAAAUGUUGUUCCUCUACGUGUGAUGUGUCCGUCUUGGUAUGAUCUCUGAGACAUGGUGUUGCAGAACAGGCUGGAGUAUGGGUUCAAUGGCUACCAGGUGCCUGCUACUCCUCGAGCAAGCAGAUCAACUAGGAGGAGGAGCUCAUUUAAGAAGAAACCCGAAGACAAUCAGAUGUGUGCAUUUGACUUAUUGGCCACCGUAGCUGGAAAGUUAUUGCUCGAGAAAGAAAGUUCUCCCAUGUCGAGUAAUAUGUCAAGUGAUAAGGAUCAGUAUGCAGCUGUAAAACAUGCUGUAAAGAAAGAAUGCCAGGGUGAAGAUAAGCUGGUGAAGGCGGAAGCUUGUGAUCAAGGAAGCUGUGAUAGGAGGUACUUUGUCUCUGAGCCUGUUUCACAAGCACCGAUAAACCAUAGUUACAGAGAAUCUCCGGGUCCUGAGAAUGAUCAUUGCAGAUUUACCUCUGCCGUAGCAACUUCUAAUUGCACAGAGAGGUUUGACACUCAGAAGCUGGUGAAGGGAAAAACCAAGAAUGAAAUAGGAAGUUUUGAUAACAAAGUAGGGGUAGGACCAUCCGGGCAUGGUAAGGCAGGGGAUUGUAAUAAAACAGACGGUGAUGCUAAAAAGAUUGUAAAAGAUAAGCUGCAUGGCAAUGAGAAAGCAUUGUUUGGAAUAGGCACUGAUUCAUGCAGUUUAAGGGAUCCCGUGGUCCGGGCUGGGAAACUAUCCGGUCUAGUCAGUUUAGAUAGUAGUGUGCAGGAGCGUGAGGAACACGUUCCGCGUAGUUCUUUUCCCGGAAGUUGGGAUGAUGUAAAUUUUGUUAGUAAAGAUGAUGACGAAAGCUCUUCUGGGUGCACUCACCCUAGCAUCACAAAAAAAUUAUUUAGGCCAACCCCGCGACUUGGUGAUAGAAGAAUAAGGAAAGUAUUGGCCUCUAAAUAUUGGAAAGUAGCUCCAAAAUUGAAGGAUGUGACAUUUUCUAAUACUAAUGUGGAUUUCAAGCCUGCUUACUGGAAUAGGAAGAACAGUUACAAACGCUUAAGGUCUGACAGGAAUUAUCCUUUCAAGAAAAGGAAAUUUUUCGACUGUAUCUCAGUGUCUAAUUCCGAUGAAGGCAUUAGUAGCGAGUGUGUUUCUGAUGCACCUGAGAAGGGCAUUAUUGGAGAUGAUUUUGGGUCGCAUCCUAAGACGCAUGAAGCAUCGUCUUCAGCACGGGGCCAACACCCAUCAUUCCAGUCUAGGGAUUCUCACGUGAAACUUAGGAUCAAGUCUUUCAGGGUGCCAGAGCUAUUUAUUGAACUCCCAGAGACUGCUACUGUAGGUUCUUUGAAGAGAACGGUUAUGGAGGCAGUGACUGCUAUACUUGGAGGAGAAUUACGAGUUGGUGUAUUUCUUCAAGGAAAGAAGGUUAGGGAUGAUAACAAAACUCUACUUCAAACUGGAAUUUCCCAGGAUAACCAGUCGGAUUCAUUGGGUUUCUGCCUGGAGCCUAAUCCUUCGCAAGCUUCCAAACCUCUGUGCCCAGAAGAAUCUCCAUUUCUGCUUCCUUGUGGCGUGCCUCAACCUCUAAGCAGGUAUCCACCUGCCCCUGGUAUGAUUCAACAGGACACCCGCAAUGUAAUGCCUGAGCCUCGUGUGGCUAACACCGGUAACUCAAUUGACAGUGAUCACGAUUCUGCACCCUCUCCAACUGAUAUGUCAGUUGACAAAAGCACAACGGAUUCUAGAGCCUUGGUUGCUGUACCAUCAGUGAAUGUUGAGACACUCGCUGUGGUUCCAGUACACAGAAAAUCCAAACGGUCUGAGGUUGUGCAGCGUCGAAUUCGUCGACCUUUCUCCGUUGCUGAAGUCGAAGCGCUGGUCCAAGCAGUUGAGAAACUCGGAACUGGAAGGUGGCGUGAUGUUAAACUGCGAGCUUUUGACAAUGCCAAGCACCGUACUUACGUGGAUUUGAAGGAUAAAUGGAAAACCCUAGUGCACACUGCUAGAAUAUCUCCGCAGCAAAGACGGGGAGAGCCUGUACCGCAAGAGCUCCUGGACAGGGUCCUGACCGCGCAUGCAUACUGGUCGCAGCAGCAAGCUAAGCAACAGCUGAAGCAGCAGCAGCAAUCAGAGAAUUGCCUUCUCCUCUAGGGAUUAAUGGGCUCCUGUAGGAGUAACCCAGUAUUCCUGGUGGGGAAGGAUGUGUCUAAUUAUGUCUAUUUCUUCUUUCUUUUUUUCGCCUUCUGUGUAUUCUUGUUAUGAUUGUGUAAAAAAUUUAGUUGUGAGGGGAAAGAAAAUAGAUGAAGAUAAUUGAUGGUGUAAUAUUGUGUUGCUUUCCCUUGAUGGAAAGAGCUGGCCUUUUUGUAAAUGGUUGAUGCAAUAAAAAGCUUGCUAACCUAAUUCAUUCAUUCCAA